AUGCAUUUCUCUCGCUCGACGCGGGCAGGACUCGUCCUGGCCCUCCUCUGCCUCUUCUCCCCUAAUUCUUUCUCUUCAGAUUCUCGCCUCAGCGGAGAAAGAACGACUUUCGCGCGUCCCUCGUUCGCGGACGCCACAGCCGCUCUCGUCCGGACCAGUCCAACCAAGAGCCAAGCUGCACAGACACCUGAGAGGGACGGCAACGACGAAGAAGAUGUACCUCUCACAAGACCGAAGAAGCGAACGUUCCGUUCGCUCUCGCUGCCGAACCACCGACGCAACAAGAGAGUGAAGCAAGUUCUUCAGUGGGGCGCCUUGGGUCUCGCAGUGCUCGCCUUGGCCGCCUCAGCUGGAUUCGCUGCGAGGCCCGAGGCGCCGAAGGCAGCGCUGGAGGUGCAGAGAGUUCGCAAGACCGCUGCGGAGACCAGGCGGAAAGGCGCGCAGCAAAAAGACAAGCAGGUGCAGACAGUCGAGCAGAAAGGCCUCUUUCGAAGCUUCGAGCGGUCGUUCAUUGACACAGUCAAAAAGCCUGCGCUGAAUGUCCGCCGCACCGUUGACGACACUCAUGUUCAGAGCAAAAGGCAGAUCCUGGAGGCCGCGUGA